CCUAUGAUCCUACUGCCGAUUAAUUAUUUAUUAACACACUUAGUACGUAACCGUCAAAACCUAGCAUGAUGCUGAAGGGACGACAACUUCAGUACUUCGGUACCUGUCUAGCCCUUCUGAACAUGAUGGGAAAAGGAAUGCACCUAGCGUGGCCUUCGCCUUUCUUACCAAUACUGGAAGGUGAUCCAUCCACAGCCAUAACGAAGGAUGAGGGUUCGUGGAUCGCGACGAGCUACCUGAUAUCCGAUCCACUGGGUGACAUAAUCAUAAGCCUCCUGCUGAAUAGAAUUGGGCGCAAGUAUUCACUGCUGGUCUCAGCGAUACCGUUCUUAAUAUCGUGGAUUAUUAUCGCUCCCACGCAACGCUUCGGCUUCAUUAUUCUGGCAAGAUUAAUUGCGGGCAUCGGUGGAGGUGCCAUAUUCACGGUCCUUCCCAUUUACAUAGGCGAAUUGGCAGAUCCUCAAAUACGAGGAUCCUUAAUUUCGUUAAUGGUGAUCGUGAUUAGUGUUGGCGCUUUAAGUAUUAACAUUUUGGGUUACUACGUGACCAUAACGCAUGCGUCGAUUAUUUGCGCGCUUCCGUCAGUCUUAUUUCUACUGUUGUUUCCCUUUCUGCCGGAAACGCCAAAUUAUUACAUAGUAAAGGGAAAUAUGGACAAGGCGCGAGAGAUGCUCACCAAAAUUCGUGGGAAAGUCGUUGGCGACGAGGAAAUUAAGGAACUGGUCAAAAAUAACGAGGAAGGAUUGGUGAGAGCGGGAGUUCUCGAUCUUUUUAGAGUUGCGAGUAACAGAAAGGGGCUGUUCAUUUUUAUGGGUACGAUGACAGCCCAGCAGGUCGCCGGUAUAGUGCCAAUCAUGUACUUUUACACGCAAACUAUUUUCAUAGAGGCUGCUGCAGAUUUUCCUGUGAUAGCUUCGACUGCAAUACUUUACCUGGUUUUAAUUGUAUGUUCAGUCAUUUCCGCUGCGCUAAUCGAUCGCCUUGGGCGACGUCCCUUGCUUUUAACAUCUACUGCGUGCUGCUGUUUGGCACUUUUAAUGGAGGGGGUAAAUCUAUACUUAACUGGGAAAGGUGGAGGGAACAGCGGAUUUACCUGGAUGACUAUCGGCAAUAUUUCGUUUUUAAUCGUCGGUUACAGUAUAGGACUACUGACACUACCUUCAAUAUUUAUGAGUGAGCUUUUUCCCCUAAACAUUAAAGGGGUGGCUGUUUGUUUCUGUAACAUGUUUUUUUCUAUAAUGGCAACCACCGUUACGAAACUGUUUCAAUUUACUAAUGAUCAGUACGGACUGUAUGUACCAUUCUUCGUUUUUUCCGGUUUAUGUUUUGUUACGUUAGUGUAUGUAGCCAUUUCAGUUCCAGAGACGAAGAAAAAGACACUCGAACAAAUCCAAAUGGAAUUGAGAGUUGCGGAUGGUGAAAGCAAGACUAAAUUAUAACACUGAUCCUACAACUUUAAUGUUCUUGGUUGAUACUGUUUGGAUAUUAUUAAAAUUUCCAUAUA